UCACCGCGCCUGCCGACAAAGGAAGAAAAGCCACUUCCUUUAAAGCAGAUGAACGGAUGAAUAGCGUGUUAGAAGGAGAGCAGUAAAGAUAGGAAAAUGUCACGACGCUAGUGAAAGGGUAUAGAAGACUUUUAGUCAUAAACCCCGAUUACAGAAGUAUUAUUUUAAUAAGGAUAUUUAUAGAUAUUCAUAAUCGAAACUAAAGGCGGGUAGUCGUUACCGAUCGCAGGCACAAAUUGCAGUCAUGGGAACUAGAUCGAGUCGUUUACAAGAAGAAGGAGUAUCGUCUGCUUUUGAGAAGGACGACAUUAGCAGGGGGUCUUGCCGCCGACUGCGCAGCAAGCGGCCUACUAGUCUAGUGGUGGGUUUCUCCGGCAGUUUCGAUCAGGACUCGGAGGCCGGCCGGAGCCGCUCGGAGGAGGGCAGCGAUUCCGACCAAGGGCGGCAGGCGAGUGCCAGCGGGGGCAGCGCCAACCGCAACCCGGGUCAGACGGAGACCGUUAAUAACAACAAGCACGCCAGCGACGGGAGCCCUACGGGAGAACUUCGCCGGGGAUUACUGCCCGGGGAGACCGGCCGCGUCGGUCAUCGCACCUUCUCCGAGCGCCUGGUCGUCAAUCGGCAGAUUUCUGGGAGGAACGGCUCCGUCCGGCCGGGCCGUGCCCGAACCACCCAUCCGCGUCCCGUCUCUGAGGCGUGGAUCGGUCGCGUCAGCAACCGCCACGGCACCAUCCGUUGUCCAUUCUGCUCCAAGCCAUUUCCAGGGGGCAGGAUAGAGGAUCACCUGUUGAGCUGCCUCACCUCCCUGCCUCUGCCUUACAACACUGACACCCUCACCAAGGACUCUGGGGAGUGUUCCAUCUGCCUGGAAGAUCUGCUUCAGGGGGACACCAUCGCACGCCUGGCCUGCCUUUGUGUCUACCACAAAAGCUGCAUCGACUCCUGGUCCAAGGUGAAGUCGUGCUGUCCGGAGCACCCCUUCAACUGAGCCGCCCAGCUCCGGUUCCGCAGGAGAGAAUUACUCACCAUUAUGGACGGGAGGAAAAGCAUAUGAAGUUGCAGGUUGCAUCACAUGUGGAGAUGACUAUGAAGGCAACUUCUGCUUAGCUUGAUACUGGCAUGUAAACUUCUGCCACAGUUGGGAUUGGAAAAAAAAACGCUGUAUUUAUUCCUCUUUUUUUUUUUCCCCAAACUUAGAGUGCUGGGCUUUUCAGUUUUGUUUUUUAAAACAACAGUUCCAGCAAUACAGAUCUCUACAAGGAGGUCGGUAAAUAAUUGUGUGUGUGUGUGUGUGUGUGUGUGUGUGUGUUUGCAUUGCUGGUAUUUCCUGGAGGGGUGAGGAGGGAUCUAGAUAGUCGAGUGUGUGAGUGCAGAGACGUUUGGUUUGUGUGUGUGUGUGUUUUUUUUUUUUGCCUCUGUAGUAAU